GCACGUGCCAGUGACGUUACCAAUGUGCGACGAAAAAUCUGUAAACUAGCAGUGAUGGCGGCGCCGCAAGUCAAGCAGGCGAAGGAGGGAGAAGAUUGCUCUUUGCUACCUUUGGUUCACGAUAUUAUCAAGUGCAUGGACAAAGAGAGCCAGGACGUACACCAGGAGCUGAGCAAGCUGAAGGCGAAGAUCCAGGAGGCCCGGGAGCACAUCUCCAUCAUGCCGGGGAUCGAGAGCAGCCCCGCGGAGCAGCAGCAGCAGCUGGCGACGCUGCGGGAGCAGGUCCGCACCAAGAACCAGCUGCUGCAGAAGUACAAAAGCUUGUGCAUGUUCGACGUGCCCAAAGCGUCUUGAAUCAACACGUGGAGGAUGAGCGCGCCGGCUUCCAGCAAUGCACCGAGCACCUUUGUUUACACGAAAACCCUUACACGUUGGUUCCGACGGAGGACCCUGAGAAAUGGACUUUUUGACGAAUUGACUGACUUCGAGGUUACUCCUAUGCUCUGUGAGGCCAUUUCAUUUAUUUUUGUCUGAUUUGGCGUAUAGUGUUUUUCCAGCAAUAUUUUCUAAUUAAAGUCAUUUAGAACAACAACUGAA